GGAAUAACCACGGAUCCGUUCCCCGCAGUAACUAUUUGUAACUUAAACAAGGUUUAUAAAAAGAAGGUUGAGCAGAUCUCAAUCUACUCCCCGGAAUAUGUAAAGAUGAAAUUAAUAUGUAAACAUAAGGUGAAUGCAACUAUUGCCAACUCAAUCACGAAUUGGAACAGCUUGAACGAUUUUAUAAAAGAAAUUUCUCAACCAUGCAGGGACAUGUUGCUCGGAUGCUAUUUCGGCGGAGUAAAGUACAAUUGCGAAGACAUUUUCCACGCAAUCAUAACUGACAGCGGUUUAUGCUGUGUCUUCAAUAUGGUGCAUAGCGACUUCUUACUCAAAAAACCGGUGCCGUGCGUUAAUUGCAAAAACGCCAAACCGAAUGGCACUGUUUAUGUUGAUUGGACCCCUGAAAAAGGAUAUCCUGCAAACUUACCCGAAAGUUAUAUUCCAAUGCCUUCUGCUGGCACAGGCGAGUCUUUGGGAUUGUCGGUAACUCUGGACGUUGAAGCAGACUAUUAUUAUUGCUCUUCUGAGAACAGUGUCGGCUUCAAAAUGUUACUACAUAAUCCACUUGAGUUGCCCGAUAUGCGUGAGAUCGGCUUAUUACUGUCACCCGGACGAGAAACUAAAGUGCGAAUUAAAGCUGUUAAAACCGAAUCGGAAAAGCAUUUGCGUUCCAUGAAUAAGAAAAAUCGCUUAUGUUUCUUUGAGGAUGAAUAUAAUUUAAAGAAUUACAAGGUGUAUACGCAACGGAAUUGUGAGUUAGAAUGCUUUAUGAAUAUGUUACUGGCCUAUUGUGGGUGUGUCACUCAUUAUGCGCCCACUGCUUUUGCUAAUCAAACCGUAUGCAGCAUAUAUGAGUUAUCCUGCGUCAAUCGUGUUCAGCAGCAAUCCAUGGUGGAUAAGAAUGGUAACGGAUGUCCGGAAAUCUGUUGGCCCAGUUGCUAUGAUCUCUCAUACCUGCCGGACUUCUUCACUACACCACUGGCACAUGCGCGAUUCCAAAACUCGAACCAAUUUAGUAAGAAUAUGAGUAGUAUUUAUAUGGAAAAAAAUAUUGCCGUCGUAAAUGUUUAUUUCAAAGAGAGCUGGUACCGAAGCAGCAAGCAGAAUGAAUAUAUUGGAAUAACCGAUUUUUUAUCAAGUGUUGGCGGUAUAAUUGGGCUUUUCUUUGGAUUUAGUUUCAUAUCCUUGGCUGAAGUCAUUUACUACUUUGUUUUGAAACCCGCUCGAAUAAUUAUUGUGGCAGCUGCGACGAAACGAAAAAUGCUUAGAAAUAAGAAGAAGUUGAACAAAUUGGCGUUGUUCGCAAACGCGUCUACGGAUAAGCACACUUGUAGUCUCACAGAAAGCCAAAUACAGCAGACAUUAAUUGAAGAUAUUGUGAAUAUUGAUAAGUCUAGUAAUUUUGAGGACGAUGAGAAUGUAUUGAAAGAUUUGCCAGAUGGCGAAUAUUCAGAAAAAUAUGAUAUAUUGAUGCAACCAAUAGCACUAGAGCCUGAAUAG